UUGGCCGCCGCACUCGGCCCUGGGCUCGCUGCGAGCUGCCGGCCGAGCCAUGGGCUGCGAGGGCCGGGUGUCUGAGCUGCUCCGCCGCAACCUACAGCCCACGCUCACCUACUGGAGCGUCUUCUUCAGCUUCGGCCUGUGCAUCGCCUUCCUGGGGCCCACGCUGCUGGACCUGCGCUGCCAGACGCACAGCUCGCUGCCCCAGAUCUCCUGGGUCUUCUUCUCGCAGCAGCUCUGCCUCCUGCUGGGCAGCGCCCUCGGGGGUGUCUUCAAGAGGACCCUGGCCCAGUCGUUAUGGGCCCUCUUCACCUCGACCCUGGUCAUCUCUCUGGUGUUUGCUGUCAUCCCCUUCUGCCAUGACGUCAAGGUAUUGGCUUCAGUCAUAGCGCUGGCUGGCCUUGCCAUGGGCUGCAUUGACACCGUGGCCAACAUGCAGUUGGUGAGGAUAUACCAGAAGGACUCAGCCUUCUUCCUUCAGGUCCUUCAUUUCUUCGUGGGCCUUGGUGCUCUGCUGAGCCCCCUGAUCGCUGAUCCCUUCCUGUCAGAGGCCAACUGCUUUCCUGCUAAUGACACAGCCAAUGCCACCUCCAGAAGCCAUCUAUCCCGGGUCCUGAGCCAACAUCACGCAGCAGCCCUGCCUUGGAUAAACCAGACGACCCUCAGGCCACCCCCAAAGGAUGUGACCGAGAACCACGUGUCCUAUGCUUUCUGGAUCAUGGCUCUCAUCAACCUCCCAGUGCCCCUGGCUGUUCUGUUCCUACUGUCCAAGGAGAGGCUGCUGACCUGCACCCAGAGGAAGCCACUGCUCCUGUCUGCAGACGAGCUUGCGCUGGAGACCCGGCCUGCUGAAAAGGAAGACACCUCCUCGCUUGCCCCCAAGUUUCAGCCACACCCAGGGCAGGAGGACCUGUUCAGCUGCUGCCAGAGGAAGAACUUCCGGGGAGCCCCAUGCUCUUUCUUCGCCAUCCACAUCACGGCCGCUCUGGUCCUGUUCAUGACAGACGGGAUGAUGGGGGCUUAUUCGGCCUUUGUGUACAGCUACGCUGUGGAGAAGCCGCUCUCUAUUGGACACAAGUCAGCUGGCUACCUCCCUAGCCUCUUCUGGGGUUUCAUCACUCUGGGCCGGUUCAUCUCCAUCCCAGUCUCCUCAAGAAUGAGGCCAGCCACCAUGGUGUUCAUCAAUGUGGUGGGAGUGGUGGUGACAUUCCUGAUGCUGCUUAUCUUCUCCUACAAUGUCAUCUUCCUGUUUGUGGGGACUGCAAGCCUGGGGCUCUUUCUGAGUAGCACCUUCCCCAGUAUGCUGGCUUAUACCGAGGACAUCCUCCAGUAUAAAGGUUGUGCGACCACAGUGCUGGUGACUGGGGCAGGAAUUGGCGAGAUGGUCCUGCAGAUGCUGGUUGGCUUGAUCUUUCAGGCCCAGGGCAGUUACAGUUUCCUGGUCUGUGGUGUGAUCUUUGGCUGCCUGGCUUUUAUCUUCUACAUCUUGCUCCUGUUUUUCCACAGGAUACACCCUGAACUCUCAUCAGUUCUUACCCAAGACAAAGCCCUUGGUGUGGAGAACUCUGAGCGCUACCAGAGGUGAAGAGCUCAGCUUCUGAGCAACAGGGUGACCAGACUGACACAGGAAGCCAGGGUCGCACAGGAGGCUUCUCUUGCCGCCUUCUUGUGUCUUCCUUCCCUGAGUCUUCCCUGGACAAACCCAGAACCUGCCUGACACUUUAGUGUUCUUCCUCUCUGGUCUGGACUUGUUGUCCUGACAACCAGACAGGAAGAUGAAAGACAGCCCUCACCCCUCUCCACACCCCACGCAUGGGCUAAACUCUGGGUUUGAGAUCACUUUUAGUUGAGGUUUGAAAAACAUGCUAAAAUCGUAAGUCAUUAAUCAUUGCUAGGUGUAGAUAUAUUUUAAAUCAAUCAAAACCUUCUGGCAUGUUAAAAAAGAUUUAUGUGCUCUUUCCUUACUUACCCAUGGUCCCAAGUCCCUCACAUUUCCGUCCUGCAGAAAUCAGUUUAUUUGUGUCCUAAGACAACAAAGGAAAUGUUGAAUCUUGCUCUGAGACCCUAGUUCAGUGUUGCACCGGGCUAACUCAGCCAACCUUUAGAAAGCUGACUGUUAAAUCUUCAUUUUGAGAGCUAGUAGCUAUGACUAAGACUUAGAUUAUUAUUUUUAUUACCAUUGAGAUGACAUUUCUCUGUAUAGCCCCAGCUGUCCUAGAACUCACUCUGUAGACCAGGCUGUCUUGGAACCCAGUCUAUAGACCAGGCUAGCCUCAAACUCACAGAGAUCGCCUGCCUCUGCCUCCCAAAGUGCUGGGAUUAUAGGUGUGUACUGCCACCACCCAGCUUAAAAAAUAACUUGUAACUAAACAAAGAUAAUACUCAAAUCAUCGCUGUAUAAUUUUACACGACUGAUGCUUCUGAGCCCCAUAAGCCUCUUAGAAGCUGCUCAGGAGUGUCCCUGGAACCAAGGCGGUGACAUUUCUGUGACAGAAUACUGCUGGUUUCCUUCCCCAGCUCUCCAAGUCAGCCGGCUGGUGGCUGGUAGUCUGAGGUCAACUAUGGCCCAGAAAUGUCAAAAGCUGUGCCCCGGGGAACAAACAGGUUUUCCAGCAACUCGCUGCUAAUGGGCAGUGCUAAUUGGUUCAGGAAACACGGGGAGGAUCAAGUGGACAGCCUAUUGUUCCUCACCAAGAUCCUCAAGGUACAGAAGAAUUUUAAACAAUAGCUCAUUUGGAAUUUUAUACCUUUUAUAGAUGAAAAUUUUAUACUGAGUCAAGGUCUUUUUUCUCCAUAUAAAUUUAGGACUAUUGUAUAAUUCAAGCCAUGCAGUAUACCGAGAGCCGAGUCAGUAUGCAGAAAUCAGUAUCUGUCAGGAGUGCCCUCUUCUAUACAGAUCGUAGGCUAGUAAUACAGAGAAUACAAGAAGGCUCCCCAGCCUGUGCAAGGCUUCUGGCAUCACCGACAUGGCUGUCACAGAGGCUUCUGGGAGGGAUGAAUGUUCUGUCACAGUCAUUGGUUUAUCCGUGCAUUCUCUGCGCAUACACAUGUGUUCAUGUGAGGAGUGGAUCAUGGCCCAAGGGCUGUAGUUCACACACCAGACACCAGCAGAGCAGAGACGGACCAUCUAGGUGUGACCCCCGGAAGCCCCCCUGUCUCCCAUCUCCAGCCUUGCUUGUUUUUUACCAGUAUGUUGGCAUUUCUAAAAGCACCCUACCUCACAGGAAUUCUGAGGGAGUGUAAGAGUGUAUGGAGCAUCUGCUACACGCCCUAUGUGGGAACUGCCUUCCAAAUGUUCACGUUUUUACUGUUAUUACUUUUAACGCCUCAUAAGCAGCUUAGAAGCCAUCUACAUUUGGUACAUACUUUAAGUCAAACAAAUUUAACUUUGAAACACUGAUGGCCUAAGCAAAUCCUUUUAACUAUAUUUAUAAAUACUUGUAAAAGUACCUCAUACUAGCCAAAUUAAAAUCUAACUGGGAAAUCUAACUAUGGUGACUGACCUGGGCAAAGAGAAAGUUGUUGUAUUUUUCUUGUAGUUUUUUUUUUCAAGAAAACAUCCUUUUUAUACAAAUCUAGAAAGAAGAAUCAUUGGUUAUACCUACAUUGGUGAUGAUUGAUGUGUUAAUACAGAAAAUAAAUUUAAAAGAAUC